AUAGAUUAGUGGUUGCAUAGUGAUGCGUCAAGAUGGCGAACUCUAACAUAGACAUAGACUUAUUGAGACGGCGCGUUUACGAUAACUUGAAUGAUGCUGCUACAAAAAAUAGUGAUGAAUAUCAUUAUGAUCAAAAAGAUGAAAAACUACAAACCAAACAGUCACCAUAUUGCUUUCAAAAUUUUGUGUGCCUUGGAGUAGCUGUUGCUGUGUUUUAUUUUACUGACUUUUUAAAUGUUAUUUUAUAUGAUGCAAGUAUCAAAAGUACAUGGUUUUGGUCAGGGGCCUUAUUUUUAAGUGUUCAUCUAGGAAUUUUAGUGUAUAUAGUCUUUUACCAGAGUUUUUGGAAAAAACUUCAUUCUGAUGAGUGGGAAACCAAAUUUCCCAGAGUUUUUCCAAUAGCAACAUCUGCUUUCAUAAUUGGAAUGAUUUGCUUCUCUGUCAGCCUUUGGCCUGUUUGGGGAUUUCUAACUCCAUUAAUAUUUCUAUCACUUUUUUUAGGAGGUGUUGUUAUUAUAGCAAUGAUUGGCUGAUUCUCUCAACAGUUUUUACAACCUUCAAUAAAUCUAAUAUCUUUGCAUUACUUUAAUAUUGAACAUACAUUGUAUGGAGUAUAUAUAUAUAAAUAUAUAAUCUUUACAAAUUGAAAUAAAUAGAAACUGUGUUGUGUAUCUCCAUAAUGAAAACUGUUAUAGAGCUUAAAAUUUGUUAGUACUUUUAUUUAAUGGAUCUACAUUCUCUCAUGACAAAAAUCUAGCAUUAAAAUGGAUACUUUUAAAAUGGUAUUACCAAUAUUGUUAAUAAUAACAAUAAUAAAUUUGUAAUUUCCAACAUAUUUAAAUUGAUAUACCAUUUUGUACCUAGUCUUUCUUUUCUAGAGAGGAUAUGAAGGAAAAGUGAACAUCAAAAGCUUAAGCAUUACAAAGUAGUAUUUUGUAGAUGGCAAAUAUAUCCUAGUGUGAAUAGAAGAAGAGCUGAAUGAUGCAUAUUAAAAAGAUGUCUUUUGAAAAUUAAUGUGAAGAAAGUUCACAUGAUGAUCAAAAAUGCAUGCUAGAAAUACUAAAUACCAAAACUGGAGAUGCUACAAGCUUCCAAUACCAAAAAGCUGAAAAUGUCAGAAAUUUUAAUGGAUAGGAUGAAACGUGCUAGUUGCCUUAAAAGUGGCUUCCCCACUGGUCCAAAGAAUGCAUGAGAAAGUGUAAUGCUCUCAACUUUAAAAUAUCACCUUGUGAUCAAAUUUUCCUUGAUUGUAUCAUUGCUUUUAGUAACAACCAAAUAUAUCAUAAGCUAUAAGCUUUAUUUUCUUCAUUAAUAUGAACAUGUUUUGAAUAUAUUUGCAAGUACCCUUUCUCUAUGCAAACUCUGUAUGCAGUAGGAUCAUUGGUUAGUAAUGAUUCUUAUGAGCCUAUUCUUUUUCAAAUGUUUAAACUGAAGUUUAUUGGGAAUAUUUGAAAUCAAUGUUCUUGUAUUUGGUCUUGUACUGUAUAUUAAGAAUAGCUAUCAUGCCUUUUGGUUUUAUUAUUUGAAUACAUUUAAAAGUUUAUCUGCCAUGCCGGAUACAAGUCCAAAAUAAGUUCCUCUUACAGACCUUGCGAUCUGUGGGGCAGAUGAUGUAAAGAUAAUGUUUCUGUAGUCCAAGGUUAACACGGGUGGCCAGCACAACAAUCAACAGUCUUUACUUUUUUUUCCCAACUAAUAUCAGGUACCCAUUAGAGCUGGGUGGACUCAGAAGUGUCCAAAGAUCUCGAAAUUAAAAAUCCCAAUCUUCACCAGGAUUAGAACCUGGGACCCUCGGUUUGGAAUCCAAGCGCUUUACCACUCAGCCACAGCGCCUCCCAAGUCCAAAAUAGAUCAUAUUUAAAAUGUUUUCUUUGGUGUAAUGCACUAAUUGGAAGUGAAAUUUCUUUCUGGAUAAUAAAGAUUAUUAUUAUUAAAAAAAUGUGUAAAUGAAGAUGAGGUUUGAAGAAUACUGUGUAACACUGGUUUUAAAUAGUUGAAAAAAAAGUGUUUUUUUUUUAUUUGAUUUCUCAACUAAACCUAAAAUUGUAUUUAGUCUGUAUUACAAAUCUACUAUUAAAUGAAAUUAUAUUUAACUCUAAACAUUAGUAUUUAUUUUUGUGUGCAAAAACAGAUUCUUAAUCUUCUGUUAUUGUUAUUUUAUGAAAACAUUUUUAAAUGUUAUAGUUCCUAUUUUUAUAAUUAUGUUGAUUCAAAUAAACACACUUUAAAAAGGCC